GAAAAGGACAGGGGAGGGGACAUGAGGACAGAACAGAAAAGGGGACAGGAGUCCAGACAAUGUGUCCAGAUCACAGGUUCAGUUAGGGUCAUUGCUCAGAGGGAGCAAGGUGCGCUCAGGGAGGUUCUGGUCUGCUGCCGGCUCCAGUAGCCUUCCUCCUACACGCCUGCGGAGCGGAGCAGGGCAGCCACCCACACUGGGCUCGGAACGACAGCCUCUGCUCUCUCGCUUUAUAUCGCCUCUUUCUCUCUCUUUGUUUCCUUCUACCGAUUUCCUCCUCUCCCAAGGCUCGUCUUCUCCUCUUUUCAGUGCUGUUUUCCACCCACCUCCUCCAUCUCCACAUGCUGUCUGUCUCACUCUAUGUCUGCUCUGCUUGUGUAGUCAAGCUCACUUCCCAAAUGGCUCUGAUCUCCUGGUUCAAAUGCAGUAGAUUACUCCAGCUGACAGAGGCUCCUUAUGAGCCUUGACAUUUUGUUCUGCAGGAACGCACGCCUCCCUCUCCCGCUCUUUCUUCGUACCUCUCUCCGUCUCUCUCGUUCUCUUCAGCACACACCUGCACAUUCCUUUUAAAUGUUUCUGUCACCUUCAUUUAAUCUGAUGAGCCAAUUGAGAAGCAAUUCUCUUUCACGUUGUCGACCAGGCCAAAGGUAUAACAAUUGCAAGACAGCACUUAGUUAUGCCUAAAAUAAAAUCAAGAACUGUGUGCAGUGGAAUAGGCAAGAGGUCAGUAAAUUACACCUGUAGGACCAUAGAAGGUGAUACAAAUAUACAGAUGAAUAAGGUAUGUUAUGGUAUGAGGAGGGACUAUGUGUUUGGAUGUAUACUGGGAGCCGUGUACUUUCAUUACAACGACAUUUACCAAAACACAUUUUAUUAAGUAGUAUAUUUUAUGCAAAACAUAGAUCUUCCGAAGUAUUGGCCCCCCCCACAGCCUCCCCUGGAGUGGAUAUCAGCAACGAGGCUCUUCCUGUGGGCGGACAACAUUUGUGAGAGGAUCUUGGAUCACUCCUCCAUGCGAAUGCAGCACAUUUGGAGAUCCUUGAUAGAUUGAUAGAUUUUGUGGUCAAGCAACCAUUUCGAUCUCCUGGCGAAGGGAAUUAAGUAUUGGGUUAAAAUCUCCUGCUACUUUGUGGAAUACAUUAUACCAUCAAUCUUGAAAUGAGUCCCUGGACCACUAGUAGCCCAACAGCCCUGAAGUAACAAUGUUCCACCACAAUAUUUUACUGUGGGUAUCAGGUGCUUUUCUUGUAUGUCGUCCUCGUUGGUCUAUAAACAGGCUGAUGGUGCGAAUGGCCAAAAGGUUAAAUCUUUGGCUCAUCUGACCACAACACACGGUUCCAACCAAAGGUUUCCAGUAACACUUGGCAAAGUUCAGGCGAUGCAAUUUGCGGGUUGGACUCAGUAAGGGUUUAUUUCAUCAAAGUGCUUGUUGACAUAGAUGUGGCAUCUAACAUUUUUCUUUGGGACUUGAUAACCCCUAGAUUGCACUAGGCUGUUACAGUUCUGAAACAACGGUAAUCCUUGGAUUCUUGUUUGCCUCCUUCCUCGCCUCCUUCCUCACCAUGCUGUUUGGGCGGUAUGUACAUGCCUCCUUCCUCGCCUCCUUCCUCACCAUGCUGUUUGGGCGGUAUGCACAUGCCUCCUUUCUUGGCAAGUUCCCAACUGUUCCAGACUUCUGAAACAUUUAGAUUAUUGCCCUGACUGUGGUUAGUAAUAUUUUCAACUGUUUAUGUAUUUUCAGAUAGCCUUUACCUGUGCUGUGUGGGGUAACAACCAUCUGUCUUUGGUUUUACCCAUGGUGAUGGAUGACGAAGGGAUUUAAAACGUGUGCAACCUCGCAGUUUUAUACCCCAGGGAAACAGAAAUCGUGACAGAACUAAAUAUUCUUUAGGGUUGGCAAUAAAACAGUUAAACAUCGUACUACUCAAUAAAAAAUGAAAUUCUCAGAGAAAUUGUAUUGAAAUGAAAGUAUACGGCUCCCCCUUAUGUUUGAGGCCAGAAUAUGACUCAUUGUAAUGUUUAUAUGAAGCACUCGCUUUUGCUCGGCUUUCGUGAAGUGACAAUACUCCUUGAGCUGAAUGAACAUAGAGGUCCAGUCAAAAGUUUGGAUGCGCUUACACAUUCCGUCGAAUAAAUAUGAGGACCCGGAAGCCAUGCCCCCACCACCAUUUUCGUGUCAUUGCAAUGGAAAAGUACUGAGACCCCCGCCGUGGCUCAAACAGAUCCAGGACCGGUGGACGGUGCUAUUUUACUUGUUUUUUUGUAAGCGCUAGCUACAUUUAGCGCAAUGGUUGAAUACUUUGGUUUAGGAUUUGCAGGGUUACAUGGAAGCCCACUGAAAACAGGAUGAGUGACUCUUUUGGUUUGUAAAUCAGUGUCACACAGUACGCAAACAUACACACACACACACACACACACGCUUUGUUUCAUGACAGGAAGGAAGGAGGUGUAUUGUCAACCCCUGCCUGUAAAACUAAGUUGUCUCUGGACGACACUCCAAAAACGUCCUCCUCCAAAAAGCUACUCCUAUUUCAAAUGCUUUCCUUUACUUUAUUUCCUACUCUUUACUGUCUCACCUUAUCGAGAGGCUGUAGUAGAGCUCCUGACUUUUUCAGCGGAGGGGAAAAACUAUAACUGUCCGGAAACUGGUUUGUCCGAGGAAGGAAGUGUAUUGGCCACAAGUUCGGCCCACCUGGAGGACUUGGCCUACCUGGAUGAGCAGAGACACACUCCUCUGAGGACCUCCCUCAGGAUGCCCCGUCAGAACUCCGGUUCGGGGCGCUCCGGACACGACCUCCGAGCUUCCGCUAACAGCCAUGCCUGGCAAUCUAACUCACUGCGCUUCGCACCCUACCGCCCCCCCGACAUUGCCCUCAAGCCCCUCCUGUUUGAGGUGCCCAGCCUCACGGCCGAUUCGCUGUUCACCGGGAGGGAGUGGCUCUUCCAGGAGGUGGACGCCCGUCUCCGUGGCGACGACCCGGCAGCCAAUCGAGGUGUGGUCGUUGUCGGCAACGUGGGCUUCGGCAAGACCGCCAUCAUCUCCCGCCUGGUGGCACUCAGCUGCCACGGUAACCGCAUGAGGCAGAUUGCCUCAGACAGCCCCCACGCCUCGCCGAAACAUGGAGAGACCCCGCCCCUCUCCCAACCACAGCACUCACAUGGCACCCUCGGAGGCAGCUGCCCCGGCACCCCCGAGAUAAGGAGACGCCAGGAGGAGGCGCUACGGAGGCUGGCCUCGCAGGUGGUGGCGUACCACUACUGCCAGGCCGACAACGCCUACACCUGCCUGGUGCCCGAGUUCGUCCACAACGUGGCGGCUCUGCUGUGCCGGGCUCCCCAGCUGGUGGCCUACCGGGAGCAGCUCCUGCGAGAGCCCCACCUGCAGAGCACCCUGAGCCUGCGCUCCUGCGUCCAGGACCCCCUCAGCGCCUUCAGGAGGGGCGUGCUGGAGCCCCUCGACGCGCUCCACAGAGAGAGGAAGAUCGCGUGUGAGGAAGACCUGAUCAUCCUGAUCGAUGGGCUGAAUGAGGCGGAGUUCCACAAGCCGGACUACGGGGACACCAUCACCUCCUUCCUCUGUAAGACCGUGGAACGCUUCCCCCCCUGGCUCAAGCUGGUGGUGACGGUCAGGACCUCCCUGCAGGACAUCACACAUCCCCUCCCGUUCCACCGCGUGUCUCUAGACCGCCUGGAGGAGAAUGACGCCAUAGACCAGGACCUGCAGGGAUACCUUCUGCAGCGGAUCCAGGGCAGCGCUGAGAUCCAGAGCAACGUGUCCCUGAACGGGCGCCUGGACAACGCAGCCUUCGCCAAGCUGAGCGCCCACCUCAAGGCCCUGAGCCGCGGCUCCUACCUCUACCUGAAGCUCACCCUGGACCUCAUCGAGAAGGGCUACCUGGUCCUCAAAAGCUCCAGCUUCAAGGUGGUGCCGGUGAGCCUGGCUGAGGUCUACCUGCUGCAGCUCAACAUGCGUUUCCCCACCCAGUCGUCCUUCGAGCGUGCCCUCCCCCUGCUCAAUGUGGCCGUGGCCUCCCUCCACCCCCUCACGGAUGAGCAGGCGUACGGGGUGGUGAAUGCCGGGGCCGUGCGAGGCCCCGCACUGGAGUGGGACGAUUUCCAGGGGCGGCUGGAGCUGCUGUCGCCCUUCCUGGUGCGAAGGAGAGACGGAACACGCAUGUUCACACACCCCUCCUUCAGGGAGUGGCUCAUCUGGAGGGAGGAGGGCGAGAAGACCAAGUUCCUCUGUGACCCCAGGAGUGGCCACACGCUCCUGGCCUUCUGGUUCUCGCGGCAGGAGGGCAAACUGAACCGGCAGCAGACCAUAGAGCUGGGCCACCACAUCCUCAAAGCACACAUCUUCAAGGGCCUGAGUAAGAAGGUCGGGGUCUCCUCGUCUGUCCUGCAGGGGCUCUGGGUCUCUUACAGCACAGAGGGACUCUCAGCUGCUCUGGCCUCACUGAGGAACCUCUACACCCCCAAUAUCAAGGUGAGCCGUUUGUUGAUCCUGGGCGGAGCCAACGUUAACUACCGCUCUGAGGUGCUGAACAACGCCCCGGUGCUGUGUGUCCACGCCCACCUCGGCUAUGCCGAGACGGCCGCCCUGCUGCUGGAGAACGGCGCACACGUAGACGGAGAGUCGGACAGCGGCCUCACCCCGCUGGGCUACGCCGCCGCUGCCGGGCACCUGGCCAUCGUCGUGGACCUCUGCUCCCGCAAGGCCAAGGUGGACCACCUGGACAAGAACGGUCAGUGUGCCUUGGUACAUGCUGCCCUGAGGGGACACCUGGAGGUGGUUAAGUUCCUGGUCCAGAGUGAGUGGAACCCAGACGACCAGAACCAGGGAGCCUUCAGCAAGAGUCACGCUGUCCAGCAGGCGCUGAUCGCGGCAGCCAGUAUGGGCUAUACAGAGAUUGCCUCUUACCUAUUGGAUCUACCAGAGAAAGACGAGGAGGACGAGGAGCGAGCGCAGAUCAACAGCUUUGACACCCUCUGGGGAGAGACCGCUCUGACGGCGGCGGCGGGCCGGGGGAAGCUGGAGGUGUGCAGGCUGCUGUUGGAACAGGGGGCGGGGGUGGGCCAGCCGAACCGCAGGGGCAUGGUGCCCCUCUUCAGCGCUGUGCGCCAAGGACACUGGCAGAUCGUGGACCUUCUGUUGAACCACGGCGCCGACGUCAACAUGGCGGACAAGCAGGGACGCACGCCCCUGAUGAUGGCCUCCUCUGAGGGCCACCUGGGCACGGCCGAGUUCCUACUGGCACAAGGGGCGUCGCUGGCUCUGAUGGACAAGGAGGGUCUGACGGCACUGAGCUGGGCGUGUCUGAAGGGCCACCUGCCGUUGGUGCGCUGCCUGGUGGAGAAAGGCGCCACCACCGCCCAUGCCGACAAGAGCGGGCGCACUCCCCUGGAUCUGGCUGCCUUCUACGGGGACUCGGAAGUGGUGCAGUAUCUAGUGGACCACGGGGCCAUGAUAGAGCAUGUGGACUACAGCGGAAUGCGCCCCCUGGACCGGGCUGUGGGCUGCAGGAACACCUCGGUGGUGGUGGCCCUGCUCAAGAAGGGAGCCAAGAUAGGAUAUCAGACUCUUCCGAGUCGGCCCAGAGGUCCCGCCACUUGGGCAAUGGCCACCUCCAAACCAGACAUCAUGAUCGUCCUCCUCAGCAAGCUCAUCGAGGAGGGAGACGGCUUCUACAAGAAAGGAAAAGUGAAGGAGGCGGCCCAGAGGUACCAAUAUGCCUUAAAGAAGUUCCCGCGAGAGGGCUUCAGCGAGGACCUCAAGACUUUCAGGGAGCUCAAGGUGUCCCUGCUCCUCAACCUGUCCCGCUGCAGAAGGAAAAUGAACGACUUUGGGAUGGCUGAGGAGUUUGCUACCAAGGCGCUAGAGUUGAAAUCCAAAUCGUACGAGGCCUUUUACGCCAGAGCCCGCGCCAAGCGCAGCAGCAGGCAGUUCCACGCAGCUCUGGAGGACCUGAAUGAGGCCACCCGCCUCUGCCCCAACAACAGGGAGAUCCAACGCCUGCUGCAGAGAGUGGAGGAGGAGUGUCAUCAGUUCGAGGAGCAACAGGAGCUGGACCCUCCGCCGUCCCCACCCAGACAGCAGGCCCCACCUCCCCCCCAGUCGCUGGAGCCCCGCCUGGAGGACAUGGAGCCGGUGCAGGAUCUGUUUGAGGAGGACCAGGAGUACCUGGAGGGCCUCCCCAUGGACAUGUCCUCUGAGCCUCGCUCCAGCCCCUCUGGAAUGCCCCUCCUCCAGAGCCUGCCUCCCUCCCCAGGCCACCGCAACUCUCCCUACCUCUCCGGGGGUCCCCUAAUGGGCCCCAGCCCCCCCAACAUGUCCCCCGCAUCACGGCAAGGCUACCAGUCCCCCUCCCCGUCCCUUUCUCCGACACACCAGAGCACCGCCUACCGACCAAGCCCCCCGCACACCUCCCCGGCCCACCAGGCCUCCCCGGCCCUGUACCACUUCAGCCCGCCUCCUUCGCCUCUCCGCCGGGGCCCCCAGUACCGCGCCAGCCCCCCCGCAGAGAGCGCAGGAGGUCUGUACCGGCCGCAGUCCGCGUCCGCCCGCUACCAGUCCGACCAGGCGACCGUCCAGCCCAAGUCUCCUCUGUCCAAGAUGAGCAGCCAGCGCUCCUUCCAGCUGCCCCCCCAGCAGGGCCAGUGGCUCCAGCCAGCCAAGGCCCAGAUCGUCCGCACCAACCAGCCCAGCUCCGCCGUGCACUCCAGCGCCGUGCUGGGUGGCAGCACCCCGAGCCAGAUGGCUCACUCCGUGAGCGGCCGCCUCCCCGUCGACUUGGCCGAGCUGGGGGACGGGGGGAACAUGUACCCCAGUGCCCUGGACGGGAGGCCCCUGCUCCAGGUGCAGGCUAGCCUGAGUGCAGGGGCCCUAUACCAACACGGUGUCAGCGGCGGGACCCAGAAUGCCCCCCCGGAGGACGAGCUACCCCUGCGGCCCUCCUCGGCUUACCGGCCGGGCGGUCCACGCUACAGCCAGACGCCCCAGAUCAGCCGGAGCCAGUCGGCAGCGUACUACCCAGUCUCCCCGCAGAUGGAGGUGGAGUUAGAGAUGGAGCGCCAGGCGGCGCUGGGCUCCCCUGGGAACCCCCACGGCCUGCGGAGACCCAUCAGCUCCACCGGCGCCGACCCGAAGCCACACGCAGCCACUCCCCGGCCCCUCAUGCACUCCCAGAGCAUUGGCCUCCGCUUCUCCCCCUCCAACACCAGCCUGACUGGUGGCUCCGCCUCAGCCCAGCAGAUGGAGAUCCCCCUGCGGCUGUCUUACGAGGCCGGCGGCGUCUACUGUGACGACCUGUCACCUGCGUCCCCCCCGCAGGGCGGCGACUUGAGGGUGGUGGGGGGGACGUACCCCGACAAGGCCCUCCGCUCCAGGAACACACCUUUUAUGGGCAUCGUGGACAAAACGGCCCGGACCCACCAGUACCUGCCGCCACAGCCACAGACAGCAGGGCGCUCCUGGGCGGUCUCCUCCCUGGACACGGUGGUCACCAGCCCCGUCACGUCUCCUGGCAACAUCGGCACUCAGCACGGCUACAGCCAGACCGCCGGCAUGGGCCACAUCGCCUACUACAACCGCACCAACAACGCCCACAACGGACACCUCCUGGACGACGACUACCACCAGGUGGCGGCGAACGGCUCGCGGGACAGCAGGGCAGAUGGCCUGGGCCGCGUCAGCAAGACGCCCACCUACCCAGAUGUCAAGGUAGCCAGGACGCUGCCCGUGGCGCAGGCUUACCAGGACGGCGAGUACAGGCAGCUCUCCAGGGACAGGCAGGGCCCCACGUCACCCAUAAAACCAAAGAGACCCUUUGUGGAGUCGAACGUGUAGAAAGGAGGAGAGAGUGGGAGGACCAUGGGGUUUUGGGAUGACCUGGAGUCCAGCCGGAGUCCAGCCGAGGAACAUGCACUGUAUCUGGGAUGACACCUACUGCUGACACACAGCUCAUCCCAUGCUCUGUGCUACAGCCAUUUACCACGGUGCGCUCAGCACCUCCGGUAGCCCAGAAUGUUCUGGUCGCAGUGUGGUUUCCAUUGUGAGUGUGGAGGGGGCAGGGACAGGCCACAAUUCUAUGAGGUUACAUUUGUUGGGAAUCCCAGCAUGAGGGGGGGGACGUGCGCGCAUCCUGUCCUGGACACCUCUAUAUGUCAGACAGGGAGAACCGACAUGUUCUUUCCGGAAUGUCUGUCCUGGACACCUCUAUAUGUCAAACAGGGAGAACCGACAUGUUCUUCCGGAAUGUCUGUCCUGGGAUGAUCAGAGCCGGGGACCUGGUCAACAUGUCCAAACUCUCCAUGGCGCCUCCUUUAGAACGAUUCAAUAGAAGGCCAACCUUAAUAUAACCAUGUCCUCUGCUGUAAAUGUGUGGAAAGAGUCUUCAACAUACCUGUACAUAAGAAAAGUAAAAAAAAACAACAUAUUUAUCAUUUAAGUUAUGUUUGUAAAUUGCAGUAUGUUAUUUACCUUGGAUUUUAUAUUUUGUUUGUAACAUUUUGCUCAACAAGUGACAUGCAACAGGCUCUGUGAAGAUACUGCAUUUUUAUUAUUUUCCAUAACUUGAAUGUUUCCACAGUUGGAUUAUCUCUACCAUUCAAACAACACUGUACCACAUGGUUCUGGUCAUUUAGGGGUCAAAGGUGUGGACAGUAAACAUGUUUUGAAAUGACCCAAGUGGCCACUGAAGGACUAUUUUUAUCCGUCCAACAAAAUGCUUUCCAUUAAAGCACUGGAAUUUAGGUGGUCAAAUGUGUCUCUGUUAUACAUGACAGAAAUGGUCCAAAAGGCUUAGACUGAGGUCAGAUGUAAACAGAGUUGUACCGUAUGUUGUUGUAUAGUCAGACUAUGCAUCGAGAAACCUACAGAAUCAUCCAAUAGGGUUAUUUUGCUGAUACUUUUGUUGUGCAUUUUCACGAAACGUCUGGAUAUAGCAAAGUAAAGGAGAAUUGGGAAAUGGGAAAGUGGUGUCACAACUAGGCUACAGCACAUCCUCGGAACAGAUUAUGUUAUGAUGGACCAUUUGAUUUAAAUGCAAGUCGAUGUAACACAGUGAGUGCUGUUCAGCCACCAGUUUGGUGGGCCCCAAUACCUCCUACCCCUGCUGGUACUUAGUAUGAACAACAAUCAACUGAAACAGAUACUACUUACAAGAACACACUGAUAUCUGUUAUUACGUUUACAUUACUGUACUCUUCAUUCUUGUCUUUUUAUCUCAUGUCAUAAUAAGGGUCAUAAUAUUGGGCUAACGCCAAGGUAAACGGUUUAUUUAUUUAUUAACGGUGCAUAACAUUAUUUUUGUGUUGGGGUGGGUUUGUUAAAAUAAGGAGCCUUAGAUCUGAUUGAUUCCUAACACUCCAAACAGGAAGUUGAAAGAAAGCCUCAAGGCAUAUUUCCUGAGGCAUUGUCAUGCUAGUUGGUGGAAAAAAACUGCAAGAAAAUGUAUGAGACGUCUGAUUGGCUGCUCUUUUUGUCGAUAUCAGAGGUUAACCUAGCCCUGAGUUUUGUCUUAAGUAGGAGGGAAUAAAUUAAACAUGUUGUCAGAAGUAGGGGUUGUUCUGCCCAUUUGGAGGGGUUGUUCUGCCCAUUUGGACUUCCAGGAGGAUAAGGAAGACUUAAAUCAUCAAAUACCAUUUAUUUUCAAUAAACUUUUUUUUUAUAGUUCCUGUAAAUAACUGUACUGCAUAGAAUGCAUGUUUGUUCGCUGCUUACUCCAAUGCUGAUAUAAACAUGCAAUACGUAUUUGUAACACAUGUUUGUAUAGCGGUUUAUCAAUAUUGAUUCUUUAAGAUCUAUAUUUGGACAGGGAAGCAGAGGAGGAGGCAGGAUUAACUGGUGGGAAAAAAAUGUCUCUCUGAAGUAGAACGCAAAUAUUUUCCCCAUUUUGUUUACUGUGGUUUUUUUCCAGGCUUGCUGAUCAGACUUCUUUGUAAAUUGUCUGUAUAUGUGAGUUGUGAAGUUUUGAAAUGAAAAGGUAAUAAGAAACAUGCGUUUUUAAUCCAUUUAAGCGAUUGUAAACUGUACAAUCAACUGUAUGUAUGAGGAAAAUAAUGUACCUAUUUAAAAAUGGUUACCACUUCAAAGAA